AUGAGACGGGCUCCGUUGUGUAAUGUAGCUCCGAACCUUUGGAACAAGCUGUGGAGUUCAAAAGUUCUGGAGCGUCACAAAGUCCUUUGGUGGAGUAUCCUCUCGAAUGCGCUACCUGUUAGGGCUAUCCUUUCUAAGAGAAUGGGUAUUAAUGAAACCACCUGCCCCUUUUGUGGUAAUGGUGACGAAACUAUGGAGCAUUUAUUUCUCUAUUGCGAUCUGACGUCUCACCUUUGGAGAUCUUCCCCUUGGGGAGUUAUGCCUGUUGUGGAAUCUGGGGCCCGUAUGUGGGACUGGGUUAGUUUUCUAUGGAACCUUAGGACCAGAGGAGUGGAUACAGAUGAUUUAUUCCUUUAUGCUUCUAUCGUGGUUGACACGAUUUGGAGGGCUCGAAACGACAAGGUUCAUAAUAACAAUAUGGGUAGCUUGGAACAUUACAUUGAUUCUAUAAAUUAUUGUUACGCUGAUUAUGGAUCCAGUUUGCUCAAGUCUCGACAGGUUGCUGAUACUCGGGGUUGGUCCCCCCCGCCUGAGGAUUGGGUCAAGAUCAACUGCGAUGUCAGAGUCGGGGCGGAAUCCAUGUGUGUGGUGGCAAUUGCCAGAGAUCAUACGGAAUCGAUUUUGUGGGUGGCGACUAACAAACUUCACUUCACUGAUUCUCUUAUUGGGGAAGCGGCGGCUUGUAUGUUAGCUUUGGAGACGGCGGCCACUAUGCAUCACCCUUUUGUUAUGGUGGAGAGUGAUUCUAAGAUGGUGAUCAAGAACCUAAAGGGUGACGAAUCAUUUUGGCAGCUUGAGAACUACGCAAGACAAUGCAAACAUCUCUCUAAUUCUUUCACUUGUUGUAAUUUUUCUUAUAUUUCUAGAAACUGUAAUUUGGCGGCCCAUAAUGUGGCCAAGUGGGUGUUUGCCAACAAUAUUUCUGGUAUGGUAGAAGUCUCUACUAUUUCGAGUAAUAUUUUCUGUAAUGACCGUGAAGUCUAA